UGUGUGGUGUUGAUGCAGUGUGUCUGUCCUCUUUUGAAUACUGAAACUGAAAUGCACUGUGGUCGUAUAGUGUCCUCUGUUCUGUGCUUGUGCUGUCUAUACCGGACAGCCUCUGCUGACACACAGACAAACUGACAGACUCCUGUUCUUCUGACCCUGCACACACCUCGUAUCACCAGAGACACAGAGAGAGGUUCACACAGAGGUCAAACCCCCUACUACGACCCAGCCAGCCAGCCUGGAGAAGAGGUCAAAGGUCAGCCAGCAGGAAGCAGAACCCUCACUCUGCCGUUUUCUCCUCCUUUCUGCAGCGACGACCUUCCUCCAGACUCACCCUCAGGUGAGGAGGGAAAGAGACAGGGAGAAGGGGAGCUCCAGCCCCAGGUCCAACCCCAGCAGCCUGAGCUCCAAGCCCAGCCCCAACCUGAACCCCAGCCUCAGCCUAAACCCGAGGGCACGAGCGUGGGCGAAACACAGCAGGAGGUCACCCCCGCAGCCUCCCGCUCACCAAGCGGAGGGGAACUCGAGCAGGAGGAGGGAGAGCGAGGAGAUAAGGAGGAGGAGGAGAUAAAGCAGAAAGAGUUGGUGGAUUCGCAGCAGGAGCAGCAGCAUGAGGGGGAGGCAGCAGUAGAGGCUGAGGUGGAGGAGGAGGAGGAUGGGGCAGAGGCCCGGGGGGGAGCGGCGGGGAGGAGGGCCAGCCUGCACCACACAGCUUCCCCCAUGAGGGUGCAGCGCAACGGGGCCUGCUCGCACUCCGCCACCUCCGACUACGAGCUCUCGCUCGACCUCAAAAACAAGCAGAUCGAAAUGUUAGAGCACAAAUACGGCGGCCACCUCAUCUCCCGCCGCGCUGCCACCAAGAUCCAGACCGCCUUCCGCCAGUACCAGCUCAGCAAGAACUUCGAGAAGAUCCGCAACUCCCUGCUGGAGAGUCGCCUGCCGCGGCGCAUCUCCAUGCGCAAGGUGCGCGUGCAGAACGCUGAGGGCUUCUCCGCCGAGCGGGCACUGGCCGAAGGCUGCAGCCUGGCGGGUAUCCCCCUAGUGCGCUCGCCAUCACUGCCCGCCACAGUGGGCGGCACCCUGACCGACCUGGAGGACUCAUUCACAGAGCAGGUGCAGUCGUUGGCAAAGUCCAUUGACGACGCACUCAGCAACUGGAGCCUGAAGACCAUGUGCUCCCUCCAGGAAGGAGGGGCCUACCAGUUCAGUGCAGAGUCCUUCAGUGCGGCCGGGGGAGGAGGGGAAGUGGGAGGAGGAGGGUUGGACCAGGCUUUUCUCCAGAGCAUAUCCGGUGGGGAGAAUACAGGCGACCUGCCCCGCAGCGCCAGCAAGCUGCUGAUGGCCUUCCGCGACGUGACCGUUCAGAUUGACAAUCAGAACUUCCGCAUGUCCUCCUCCGUCAUGGAGUCAUCGGCCUCUGUCUCCAUGGGCAACUGCGUCCAGCAGCAGCAGGGGGGUGCAGCCACCACCCCCACCAUGCCCACCGCUCCCCCGCCCUCACCCCCUAAAAAACACUCCCCUCCUCCCCCUGAAGAGGUCCCCGCCGAACCCACAGACCCCCCUGUCCCUCCCCACGAGCCCCCUCCGCCCCCAGAACCAGUGGUAGAAGGAGAGGGGCAGGACGCCGACUUCCCUGCGCCCCCGCCCAGUGAAGAGGAGCUAGAGGAGGAGGAGGGCCAGCAACCCCCCUUGACCCCCCUGGACAAACUAGCCAACCCACAGACCCCGGAGGUGGUCAUCCAGCCCGUCCAGCCACCUCAACCCCAGGAUGGUGCACCCUCAGUGGCAACCCCAUCCACCGAGGCCCUGGAGGCCAAGCGGAGCGGCUCGGAGACGGCUGAAACCAGUUCCGAGCAGAUAAGCUGCAGCAACAGCACUUCCACGGAGGCACGCUCGGCAUCGGAGGCCUCAUCCAAGGAGGCCCUGCAGGCCAUGAUCCUCAGCCUGCCGCGCUACCACUGCGAGAACCCGGCCAGCUGCAAGUCGCCCACACUCUCCACCGACGUCAUGCGCAAGCGCCUCUACCGCAUCGGCCUCAACCUUUUCAAUGUUAACCCUGAUAAGGGUCUCCAGUUCCUGAUCUCACGAGGUUUCAUCCCAGACACGCCCAUAGGUGUGGCUCACUUCCUGCUUCAGAGGAAGGGCCUGAGCAGGCAGAUGAUUGGAGAGUUCCUGGGAAACAGCAAGAAGCCCUUCAACAGAGACGUCCUAGAUUGUGUGGUGGAUGAGAUGGAUUUCUCAGGGAUGGAGCUGGAUGAGGCUCUGAGGAAGUUCCAGGCUCACAUCAGAGUCCAGGGAGAGGCCCAGAAGGUGGAGAGACUGAUCGAGGCCUUCAGUCAGAGGUACUGCAUGUGUAACCCGGACGUGGUGCAGCAGUUCCACAACCCCGACACCAUCUUCAUCCUGGCCUUCGCUAUCAUCCUCCUCAACACAGACAUGUACUCACCCAACAUCAAGCCUGACCGCAAGAUGAUGCUGGAGGACUUCAUACGCAACCUCCGAGGUGUGGAUGACGGAGCUGACAUCCCCAGAGACAUGGUGGUGGGCAUCUAUGAGAGGAUCCAACAGAGAGAGCUGCGCUCCAAUGAAGACCACGUCACCUAUGUCACCAAGGUGGAGCAGUCCAUUGUGGGCAUGAAGACAGUUCUGUCUGUUCCCCACAGAAGAUUGGUGUGCUGUAGCCGUCUGUUUGAGGUGACGGACGUCAACAAGGCCCAGAAACAGGCAGCCCACCAGAGAGAAGUCUUCCUCUUCAAUGACCUUAUCGUGAUCCUGAAGCUGUGCCCGAAGAAGAAGAGUUCAGCAGCCUACACCUUCUGUAAAGCCCUGGGCCUCCUGGGCAUGCACUUCACACUGUUUGAGAACGAGUACUACCCCCAUGGCAUCACCAUCAUCUCACCCUUCGGCUCAGACAAGAAGCAGGUGCUCAACUUCUGUGCUCAGAGCGCCGAGGAGCUGCUCAAGUUUCUAGAAGAUCUGAAGGAGUCCAUUGCUGAGGUGUCAGAGAUGGAACAGAUACGCAUUGAAUGGGAGUUGGAGAAACAGCAGGGCUCGAAGGGAGUGUCAGCUAAGAACAAUGGCACUCUGGAGCUACGCAGCAAACAGGGCUCCCCGUCAGGCAAGCAGGACCUGGAUGAGAACAGUGGACACAAUACAGUGGAGGUGUCAAUUCACAACAGGCUUCAUACAUACCAGCUCAGCAGCAGCGGGAGCUUGCCCCGGAGCCCCGAGAGUGUUGGAGCCCUUCUUAACCACCGGGCGGAGCUCUUGCAGCAGCCGCAGCUUCAGUCAGCCGCUGGCACCCCCCUCCACCACCUGCAACAGCUCCAGCCAAUCAGCAUGGGCGACCUUCGGCCCGACACGCUCAUCCAGUGCCAGCAGAUUGUCAAGGUGAUCGUCCUGGACAACAGCGGCCAUGGCCGCGUGGAGGCCUUCCUCAGCCACACCCCCACCCACGCCCAUCAUCAUCACCAUGCCCACCACCACCAGGUCAUCCGGUCGGCCACCUCCACUCCUGUGAGGUCGCCAGAGAGCAAGGACGGUCACCAGCCCCCCUUACCCCCUCCUCCUCCCCCCUACAACCAUCCCCACCAGUACAUCCCCCCGGCGGACCCCCGCCUCAGCCUCCAGAGGACCCCAAGUGGCUCUCGAAGCCUGCUGUAAAUAAGAGACCAAUGAACCAAUGACCCUCACCCACCUGACCUCACCCCAACCUCACACCUCACUCCCAACCUCAGCCCAACCCCACCCACCCCGCCCACGUCACUAACAGAACAUAUGUACAUGCUAUACAUACAGAGACAGAGCUAUAAAAAAAAGAUAACACAUCUAUAUGCAUAUAUUUAAGGAAAUAACGACAAAAGAUGAAUCGAGGUAAAGAUUUAAAAGGAGGUGUGGAGUAACAUCAUGAGAAUAAUCCAAGUGGAAAAGAAGACGAAUUUUACUUGAUUCCAUGUGUAUUUUGAAAUAUUAUGUAGUUUUAACAAAUUUCUAUAACAGUUUUGUCAGUUUUAAUCUUUAAAUAUAGAUAAUAUCAUUGAUUUCUUUAGUUUUCUGGAUGGAUCUUUAGUAGUUAACAAGGAAGGACGUAGUACAAAAUCCAGCACCAACCAACUAGAUUCAGAUGGAUUCCACAGACUAUGUGAAUGUCUUGGAGAUUCCCUCCAAGAUUGAACUUAAUCUAAGAACGACUUUUGUUCACUUUUACCAUUCAUAUCCUAACCUCAUCUCUAUGUGUGUGUGCAUUUGAUUGACAAUGACUGAACAAUGUGUGUGCCAAAAUGACAGAAGUCUCCACCAAACGGACUACUUUGUACUCGGCUAGAAGAAAACUAGAAGAACUCAGAAUCUCCUCCACUCUCACCUCGAGGAGUACCCUACAUGUAAAAAAUAAUUACAGCUAGCGAUAUUUCAGUGCAACCUGUCUCCUUGUUUGCAAUGUGGUGGAUUUAUUCAUUGAAAUGGGAGACUGCUGUCUCUUUCUCCCCCUCUCUCUCCCUCUAUCUCCCCCUCUCUCUCUCUCCCUCUCUCUUGCUCUCUCUCUGUCUCUCUCUCAUCUCUCUCUGUCUCUCUUUCUCCCCCUCUCUCUCCCUCUAUCUCCCCUCUCUCUCUCUCCCUCUCUCUCUCUCUCGCUCUCUCUCUGUCUCUCUCGUCUCUCUCUGUCUCUCUUUCUCCCCCUCUCUCUCUAUCUCCCCCCCUCUCUCUCUCUCUCUCUCGCUCUCUCUCUCGCUCUCUCUCUGUCUCUCGUCUCUCUCUGUCUCUCUCUCGUCUCUCUCUGUCUCUCUCUCGUCUCUCUCUGUCUCUCUCUCGUCUCUCUCUGUCUCUCUCUCGUCUCUCUCUGUCUCUCUCUCGUCUCUCUCUGUCUCUCUCUCGUCUCUCUGUGUCUCUCUCUCGUCUCUCUCUGUCUCUCUCUCGUCUCUCUGUGUCUCUCUCUCUCUGUGUGAUCUGAGGAGGUGUGUUAUUUGUCAUUCUCUGUGGUGUUGUUUUUCUUUCUUUUCUAUUAUCAGGAAACACACUUCCACUGUCAUCCUGCACAGAUCCCCCGUCCAGUUACUGUAGCUAAGGAUGAUGGCAUAUGAAGGCAAGGCAACCAAUCAGAAGGCUUACUGCCAAACCAAAAGCCAAUAACAGCCCAGGAAAUAAGCUCUUUAUUUGCUGUCGUCAUUGUUAUAUUCAGCUCAGGAAUUCUUGACGUAAAUGUUCUGGAAUGUUCUGGAAUGGUUUAGAUUGCACAUUUAUUGUGUGCAUGUGCUGUUAUGAUGAGAGCAUAACUAGGACCAGGAAUAACUCCAGGCCCUAAUCACAGCCAAUAAGACUGGUAAUUCCCACUAUUCGCCCUUUGCCAGUCUGCAGAUCUGCCUAUACAAUCCAACCAAAAUGAUUUCCCAGUGUAUUUUGGAGCGCAACACACUCAUUAUGUUAAACAUAUGCACUGGACAAACAUGACACUUGUAAUUUCUCAAUGCUGCUUCUUCUGUGUAUCAAAAUAGCCUUUUUAUUUGACUUUUUUAAAAGCUUAGUACUCCGAUAUUCACAUCAUUCAUAACAGCACUCAAAUGUUUUGUCUGUUAUUUGCUCAUCUGUAUUGAAGGGGACAAGAAUCAUCUUAAUCUCUCGCUUUUCGCUCAGCUUAGUUUGUUAAAUAUCAAAUUGGGUUGUCUGAGAGGACAACCAAGUUAUCUCUAUCCAUGUAAAUGCUAAGGUCAACAAAAUGUAAUUUAUCUGAAAUAGUUCAUCGACUGCUCUGGUCUGAAUGUGCCCAUGUUUAAAACAUGAGCUACAUCAGGUGGUUUGGAAUAUAUAUUCGGCUGGCCCUCCUGGCCUCCUCUCAUUCAGCCCUGCCUCUAGUUCAGAUAAUUACCAACCUGCUGUGUGGAGGUCUCCAACUCAUCUCCAAUCUCAGUCUACUUCAUCUGUGAGGAGCGAGCCUCUGGAAAAACAAUCUAUUGCACCACGCUGCUGUGGGGGCUGAGAGGUUGACAGUGGUGUGUGUGUUUGUUUGUGUGAGUGUGUGAGUGUGUGUGUGUGUGUGUGUGUGUGUGUGUGUGUGUGUGUGUGUGUGUGUGUGUGUGUGUGAUAUACCAAAUGUGAUAUGUAUCCCAUAUCUCCUGUGUGUGUGUGUGUGUGUGGAGAUUGCCCACCACAGCAUCGUGACUCCUGCUCACCAAGAGGAGAUCUCACACGAAUCUCUUCAGCGGAGAUCCUUCCCCUUUUUAAUGUGUCAGUUUCAAUAGACACAAGGCUCUGUUAUAUUAACUGCUGAAGGGUGUUUAAAACAGGGUUACAUAUUUCAAAUACUUCACUGUGUCAGUGUCCCAAAUAGGGCACUGUUCCCUACAUAGUGCCCUACUUUUGACCUAUAGGCCCUGGUCAAAAUUAGUGCACUGGAAAGGGAAUAGGGUGCCAUUUGGGAUGCUCAGUGUCUCUUUAGGGUUUAACAGCCUAUGGCAAACCAGAGAGCUGUGUCUGUAUCCAUUUCACACUCUAAGAACAAGUUAAUCUGUUUUCUGUUCCUUUCGUCGUUGUCAAUUCAACAUGUGGAGUGAAUGUGAUUCUUCAACCCGGCAUGACAUUGGUUUUGUAUGUAUAGGAGGCCUAUUGAUACUGUGAUACAUGCUUUCCCUUCAAAGUCAAGUUUGUUGUGCAUGACUGAAUUUGACAGAGUGCAGCACAGGGGAUAAAUAUGUCAUUAUUCUGUCCGUUCACCCACAAUGCAUCAGAAUGUGAAAAGCCUAUCAUUGUCUUUGUGGGCAAAAAUGUGACUGUCUCCCAUGAAUGGAGUCUCAAGCAGCAAAAAGGAGGUUUAGUGGAAUUGAUUGAAUGCUACUGUAAGUUCGUUCAAAGGACUCACCUUUUUCUUUGGAUAUAGACGAAAGGGCUCUGUGAUGCUAAAAAUGCACUGCUGUCGUUUCAGGUGACGCGUGGAACUCUUCCCUUCUGGGGGUUUUCUGUCACCUAUGUUGUUCUAUUGUCGCACAAUGAGGAAGGGGGCCUUUUAGGAGGACAGACUUGUUGAAUUUGGGCAUAGGUUUUAACCAUCACCUCCCUCGGUUGGCUUUGAAUCCCUCUUUACCUGUCUUCUGUUCUGCAGUAUAUCAACAUGCUAUUAAAGAUGGUUUCAGUCUAUUCACCA